CCCUCAACCCCCUCUAACGGAUGCUGAGACUGAGCUCCUGUGCGCGCGAGCUCUGGUAGCAGCUCAAUCUCCUCCUCAUCCUGCAAAGAUGUCGCAUGAGCUUCUCCUCACACGUUUGUUUUCUUUCCUUUUUCUCCCACUGCCCUUCACAGUUCGCCGAAUUUGGUUAAAUUAGCUGCUUUCACAGCAGGGAGUAGCUAUCCUCGUCCAGGCACACGGACGCCCCCUCCCCACAACGGAGGUGUUUAAACCCUCAACCGGCGCAUUACCUCUCUCUCUCUCUCUCUCUCUCUCUCCAACCGCCGCAGAACUCCGCCGACCAACCGUCAGGUGACCGCGCGGAGCGGAAUAUUUACCCGCACGGCCGUCGACUUUCAUCCCUUCACUCCUUCGGACUCCAGGCAACGGGAGCUGCCGCAUUCCCUGUCCCCCCGUGUCUUCUCAUCCGGUUUGGGACAUUCUCCACUCCACGCACACGCAGAUUAACCGGGAUUCUGCCUCCCCACCCGCGCGCUGAUGCUGAUGUCCUUGAGCUCGGCCUGGACGGUCCUGGUGUAGCUACCUCUGAACUGGCUCCACAUCCUGUCUCUUAUUUGCCUUGAUCGCCCCUCUCUCCAUCCAUUCAUCAUCCCUUCAUCCCCAUCAGUAGCCCAACAGCUGGUCCACCUGACCGUACCUGCAUCUGUCCAUGGACUGGCCGUGACUCUGGAGGGAGGGGGACAGAAACAAGGAAAGAGUUGAGUCGCAGAGGAGACGACAGAAGAGAAAACUGGAUUCAUUCAGAUGUCACGCUUCUGAAGUGGCCCUGCUCGCUGUCCUUCACCCCCUCAUCCUCCUCUUCAGCCUUCUUCAGUUAUGGAGAUUUAAAGGAGCAGUGAGAGACUAUUGCCAAGACAUUAAAGUGAAAAAAAUACAUAUUACCCUGAUAUAAAAUCAUUUUUGAAUAAAACAUUUAGUCAGAAACAGGAUUGUUGAGCACAUGAACAACCCUCCAGAAUCCAAACCAAAGGGGGCCUGAGUAGACAACGGAGAGAAAGAAAAUCACACACACACAAAACCUUUUACUGACAUGUCAACAACAGCCACAAUGGGUGAAAUGGCAAACAGCGCUGUGGAGUUUUACCCCAAAGGGACACGAGGUGGGGGUGGAGGAGGAGGAAGGGCAGAUGGCAGCCAUGCAGGGGGAGACUUUGGGGUCACAGUGAAGGAGCUCAGGGAGCUGAUGGAGCUCCGAGGGGCUGAGGCCCUACAGAAGAUACAGGACAGCUAUGGAGACACAGAGGGUCUCUGCCGGCGACUACAGUCCAAUACCACUGAUGGUCUCAGUGGGGAGCCGGCAGACCUGGAACGUCGGGGCCAAACCUUCGGCCAAAACUUCAUUCCCCCCAAAAAGGCCAAGACGUUCCUGGAACUUGUGUGGGAGGCCUUACAGGAUGUCACACUUAUCAUUUUGGAGGCCGCUGCCAUCAUCUCCCUUGGCCUCUCCUUCUACCAGCCUCCUGGAAAAGAAACUGAAUCAUGCGGGAAUGUGUCGGCGGGUGCAGAGGAUGAAGGCGAGGCAGAUGCUGGCUGGAUUGAGGGCGCUGCCAUCCUGCUUUCUGUUGUGUGUGUUGUCUUGGUGACAGCGUUUAACGACUGGUCCAAAGAGAAGCAGUUCCGGGGUCUACAGAGUCGAAUUGAGCAAGAGCAGAAGUUCACUGUUGUGCGAAAAGGAAACGUCAUCCAGAUCCCUGUGGCUGACAUGGUGGUGGGGGACAUGGCUCAGGUCAAAUAUGGUGACCUACUGCCAGCUGAUGGUAUCUUGGUCCAAGGAAAUGAUCUGAAGAUAGAUGAGAGCUCUCUUACCGGAGAGUCUGACCAUGUACGCAAAUCUGUGGAUAAGGACCCCAUGCUGCUCUCAGGUACCCAUGUGAUGGAGGGCUCGGGGAGGAUGCUGGUGACAGCUGUUGGUGUCAACUCACAGACAGGCAUCAUCUUCACUCUCCUGGGAGCUGGAGAUGUGGAGGAAGAUGGGAAAGAGAAGAAAGGAAAGCAACCUGAUGGUGCAGUGGAGAACAAUCAGAACAAAGCCAAAAAACAGGAUGGGGGAGUUGCCAUGGAGAUGCAACCUCUGAAGAGUGCAGAAGGAGGAGAGGUAGAGGACAGAGAGAAGAAGAAGACCAAUGUUCCAAAGAAAGAGAAGAGUGUGUUGCAGGGAAAGCUCACAAAACUGGCUGUUCAGAUUGGCAAAGCAGGUUUGGUGAUGUCAGCCAUCACUGUCAUCAUUUUGGUGCUGUUCUUUGUCAUCAACACAUUUGUCGUUGAAGGUCGCUCAUGGUUGCCAGAGUGCACUCCAGUCUACAUCCAGUACUUUGUCAAGUUCUUCAUUAUUGGAGUCACUGUGCUGGUUGUUGCUGUCCCAGAAGGCUUACCUCUCGCUGUCACAAUCUCUCUGGCUUACUCUGUCAAGAAAAUGAUGAAAGACAACAACCUUGUACGGCACCUUGAUGCGUGUGAGACCAUGGGUAAUGCUACGGCCAUCUGCUCUGACAAGACAGGCACCCUCACCACGAACCGCAUGACUGUAGUGCAGGCUUACAUCGGUGAUGUGCACCACCGUGUGAUCCCAGAACCUGGACAAAUCAACCCCCGGACACUGAAUCUGUUAGUCAAUGCUAUCGCAAUCAACAGCGCCUACACCUCCAAGAUCUUACCACCUGAUGUGGAAGGGGGUUUGGCAAAGCAGGUGGGCAACAAGACAGAGUGUGGCCUGCUGGGAUUUGUAUUAGACCUACAACAGGACUAUGCCCCCAUCAGAGAGCAGAUCCCUGAGGAGCGACUGUACAAGGUGUAUACAUUCAACUCAGUGCGUAAAUCCAUGAGCACGGUGAUCAAGCUGCCUGAUGGUUCCUUCCGGCUUUACAGCAAAGGAGCAUCUGAAAUCAUGUUAAAGAAGUGUUCCUACAUCCUCGAUGCCAAUGGAGAAUCUCGCAGUUUCCGCCCACGUGACAGAGAUGAGAUGGUAAAACAGGUGAUUGAGCCCAUGGCAUGUGAGGGGUUGAGGACCAUAUGCAUUGCAUACCGUGACCUUCCAUCCAAUCCGGAACCAGAAUGGGACAACGAGACAGAGAUAGUAACGGAGUUGACCUGCAUCACUGUAGUUGGGAUAGAGGAUCCUGUACGGCCUGAGGUGCCAGAAGCCAUCCGUAAGUGUCAGCGUGCAGGCAUUACAGUGCGGAUGGUGACUGGCGAUAACAUUAACACAGCCAGGGCCAUUGCUGCUAAAUGUGGCAUCAUCCACCCCGGAGAUGAUUUUAUCUGUCUAGAGGGCAAAGACUUUAACCGACGAAUCAGGAACGAGAAAGGAGAGAUUGAACAGGAGCGUAUCGAUAAAAUCUGGCCCAAACUGCGCGUGCUGGCUCGGUCCUCACCAACUGAUAAACACACUUUGGUUAAAGGCAUCAUUGAUAGCAGCGUUGUAGAACAGAGGCAGGUUGUUGCAGUAACAGGAGACGGAACUAAUGACGGCCCAGCUUUGAAGAAGGCUGAUGUGGGCUUUGCCAUGGGUAUCGCAGGGACGGACGUGGCUAAAGAGGCGUCUGACAUUAUCCUGACUGAUGACAACUUCAGCAGCAUUGUCAAGGCGGUGAUGUGGGGAAGAAACGUCUACGAUAGCAUCUCCAAGUUUCUGCAGUUCCAGCUCACAGUCAACGUAGUGGCUGUCAUCGUGGCCUUCACCGGGGCCUGUAUCACCCAGGACUCUCCCCUGAAGGCGGUGCAGAUGCUGUGGGUGAAUCUGAUCAUGGACACGUUUGCUUCUCUGGCCCUUGCUACCGAGCCCCCCACUGAGGCCCUGUUGCUACGAAAGCCUUAUGGCCGGAACAACCCGCUCAUUUCACUGACCAUGAUGAAGAACAUCCUGGGCCAUGGAGUGUACCAGCUGGUCAUCAUCUUUACCCUGCUGUUCAUAGGGGAACGAAUGUUCAACAUUGACAGUGGUCGUAAUGCUCCGCUUCACUCCCCGCCCUCUGAGCACUACACCAUUAUCUUCAACACCUUUGUCCUCAUGCAGCUUUUCAACGAGAUCAAUGCUCGCAAAAUCCAUGGAGAGAGAAAUGUUUUUGAUGGCAUAUUUUCUAACCCAAUCUUCUGCUCCAUUGUUUUGGGAACUUUUGCUGUGCAGAUUGUGAUUGUGCAGUUUGGAGGGAAACCCUUCAGCUGUGCUCCUCUCAACAUCGAGCAGUGGCUUUGGUGUCUGUUUGUGGGAGUUGGAGAGCUGCUCUGGGGGCAGGUGAUCGCUACAGUUCCUGCAGAGCGACUGCCGUGUUUGAAGGAGGCGGGACUGGGACUAGAACCAGGGGAGGAGGAAGGGGAGGAGCUGGCAGAGGAUGAGGAGGAGAUCGACUGUGCAGAAAGAGAGCUGCGCCGUGGACAGAUCCUCUGGUUCAGAGGCCUCAACCGUAUCCAGACCCAGAUGGAGGUAGUGAGCACGUUCAAGCGAAGCGGUUCGUUUCAGGGAGCGGUGAGACGGCGCUCCUCUGUGCUCAGUCAGCUCCACGACAUGCGAGUGGUGAAAGCAUUCCGUAGUUCACUGUACGAGGGCCGGGAGAAACCGGAAUCCCGCAACUCCAUCCACAACUUCAUGGUCCACCCAGAGUUCCUCAUCAAUGACCUCAUCCACAACAUCCCGCUGAUCGACGACACCGAUGUGGAUGACGAAUCAGAACUCAGCAGAUACCAGCACCUGCACCCGGCCCUCCGCAAGCCGCCCCCGCCUCCCACCCAGCCCCAACCCCCGCCUCGCACCCAUCCCACUCGUCCCUACCGCCAGUACAGCCUCCCAGUGACCCCAUGCAACCGAAACAACAACAACAACAGCAGCAGCAGCAGCAGCAGCAGCAUUGAUUCAAUGGUCGCCUACAGCAACCGAAACAGCACCAACGCAGUCAUCACCUAUAACCGAAGCCCCCGUCAUCACCACCACCACCUCCACCAUAAUCAUCAUGGUAGGGACAGGCCGGUGAAACCCUCAACCCCCUACCCGGCCCAUCUCUACUGUGUGGAGACCUCCUUAUAACUGAGCUGAACUUGGGUUUGGGAGGGGGAUGGAAAAAGGGGGGAUGAAGUUAGGGUGAGAACAAGAGAGGGCUGAGGACACACACAUGACAUUUUCAUCUAAUCGCCCUUUCAACAAGCUCGCAAGAGGGAGCAAAGGACAAGGAGGGAGUGGACAAUGGCCGGAGACUUCUGCUUACAACUCCCUGAGAACAUGUUGCCACUUUCCCUCCCUUUGCCCUUACUCCAGCCCUCUCAGUCUGACUCCCCACCUUCACCCCAGUCCCUCCCCUCCUUUACCCACAAAACCAUCCAACUCAGUCUGUCACCCCCCUCUUGUGGAACCCUACUCACCCUGCCCAGCUGCACACCGACUUCAUGCACGCUCUUGUCACACACACCUGCAGGUCUGCUUUGGCAGGGUCUGAGUGGGGGGUGGGGUGGGGUGGGGGUGGGGGUGGGGGGCAGACAUCCAGAAGAAAACCACACAUCCCUUAAUGCUUCAGCAGAACAAGGCCAUGCGGCUAUGGGGGCUGACUCACUCCAUUUCUAUUGGUGUUCAUCAUUAAUGUUGUUGUCACCCACUUUCCACCACCAUUUAUCUGCCACCAUUUAUCUGGGUAGAUUCUGCAGCCGCUUCAAAGUCACUACUUUGCUUGUAAUAUAAGUAAAACGCUUUGUUAAAGCUUUAACAGUCAUUUCCAUUUCCCAUUCAUUUAUUUCCCAACAUAAUGGUGCUCAUUUAUUUCGUUCUUAUAUAUCAUUUUAUUUCUUCUCAGAAACUUUGAGUUAUUUUUCUUUCAUCCCUCUUUCUCGUUCAUUGUGUGUACGUGUAUUGUCUUGUCUCUUCUAAAAAAAACAAACAAAAGCAUAACAAAAACAGGCUGCUGUUCAUUUAAAUACAAUGGCUGCGACAAUGUCUAAAAGAUCAGGGCAUUUCUAUCUAUGUAUCUGUCUAUAGAUACAUAGAUAUAAAUGUUUGGGAAGCAACAACACAGAACUCAUUCAUUACCUCACUUUGUGUUUGAAUGCUGCCCCAUUUGUUCACAUGACCUGUUAUCUAGAAUAUUGCUCUGAGAUGAACAGUGUAUGAGAUGUCAUGUUAAUUUGGAUAUAUACAUGUCUACGUACUGUGUAAACUUAAUUUCAAGCCUCCUGCCAUAUCCCCAGUAUGCAUGGGGAAUAUCUGCACCUGUCACCUUGGGCAACCUCCAUGGCUGACAUCCUCUUCCAGUCCCUUCAUUUCUGUUCCGUGUCCCAUCGUCUUCUCUCUUGCUGUUCCUCCUUUGCUCAUUUUGUCGCAUUACGUCCACGAGUUUGUCGGUGCGUGUGUGUCAGCUUUUUUCUUUUUGAUAAAAAAGCUGAAUGCUUGGGAAGCAUUAACCCUUUAAAUGCCAUCAAACACGCAAUGCACAGGCGAAGGCCCUUUAAGACUUAACGUGCACUCGGUUGGAAGCCCCUCCUGCUCACAUGAUCAGGUCGUCUCUGUUACGUAACCAGCGCCCUCUGCGCAGACAAAAGGAUUGUGCCAUUUUAACCUGCUCAUUGUCUCAACCACAUGCCCGUGUCUAAUGUCAGUGUUCACUUUUACAUAUCAGGUACAACCAAGAAGAGCGUAUUGUAAACGUUAUUAUGUCCUUGCGCAUUCCCCUCCAUUACUAUGUACAGGUCAUCGAUUGGGAUACCUUUAAGGAUAUAAGGCUAUGUGUUUUAGCUAGUUAGCUCCAUUUAGCAUAAAGAGCUAGCCUAACUUAUUCAGAAACACCUGUAAAGCACUCCAAUUACCACAUGACAUCUCCUUUUUAAAUUUUUGAGUUAUGCAAUUUUAUUGCUUUUGUUUUGUUCCAGGGAAACAAGCAAAAUCUUAGUUAAAGUCUGACAGCUAUUCAUCACAAUAUCUAUGAAAACAUAUGACACACAGAUAAGAAUCUGUAAAUGCCAUCCUAAAUGCAGAUAUAACAAUAGUAGUGAGUGAAGGCUGAUAGUGUUUGAUACAGGGGUUAAGCCUAUACAUUGAUGGUUCUGUAACCUUUGAAAAACACAGGACACGUGCAGGUCAAAAUCUCUUCUCUCUUGGCUGUCAAGAGACAUCAAACUGCUACAAGAAAGAGCAGCAUUGUGGUGACAGUGGACUGUGCUGCAGGAGGAUGUUUUAGACAGCAAACAAGAGGAACUGCUGCUGCUACACCACAAACCUCACAGUCCCAUAAUGGUCUCAUAGUUGUUGACACAUUAUUUCCAUUUAUUUCCACUUUAUGCUGUUUAUGCAGGUCCAAGUCUCAUUUAUGAAAUUAUUUUAAAAUUAAAACUGGAUGCAAUAAAGAUUUCAGGGCUUAAAAUAUCCCCAGCCAGACUCUGGACAGCAGGCUCAUGAAACAGGUAGUAAGUUUUCUUUGUGACACUAAUCUAGAUCUAUUACAGUUUUUACAACAGAGCUUUCUUAAGGUUUGCUGUUGUGGUGCCUCAUCAUAUAAAAGGUGAAAGGGCAUGGAAUUUAAACUUACUGCAUUUCAUUCACUUUUCAACACACAUCCAGGAAAUAAGGCCAAAGCCUCUGGUAACAAACACAAGUAUCAACCAAGUCCUUUCCAGGUCAUAGCCCUUAAAAACAUAGCCAGCAACUACAUUACUGUACAUCUGUUCGCUCUUCAAUAUGUCAUACCAUGGUGUGAUGCAGUGCAGAAGGAGAUAUGACUCAACUCAAUUUCAGUGUAAAAGAAUAGUACAGCUCACUAGUGUUUAAAAAACAAACAAACAAUUAACCACAAUUACCCAUAUAAAAAAACAUCUGGUUAGACAUUGCAAACAGUGAAGUAAAUGUAGGCUUGCUAAGCUGGAAACCAAUCAUCUAAACUUUGAGAAUCCCUAAAAGAAAUGGUUAGAAAUAGAAGGAUAAGUCAUGGUUUUAGGAAGGUUUGUAUGCAGAGUGAUUUAUGGGUCAGGCUAAGUACACUUCUGUAUUAAACCACAUCUAACCUGUGAGCUUUAUACGUGCUGCUAGAAGAACUGAACUGUUUCUAGUCUUUAUGUCAAGCUAAGCUAAACUAAGCUAACUUCCUGCUGAACCCAUGCCUUUAUCUCACUCACUACAAGAAACCCAGUCAGCCACUUUGCCAGACAUUAUGUCUAAGCUGCCAACCUAAAAGGCCAUAACACACUGCAUGAGCACACAGCCCACCGAAAACAACAAAAGAAGAGAAAAAGAAAAAUCAGAUAUCCACCAUAGUGACGACACCAGUGACAUCACCUCCACCUUGACAUUCCAUGGAACAUACAUUCCAAACAUCACAUUCCAGAGCAGCUGUGAGCGCGCCCUCCUGUAUCCCAUAUUGUACUAGGUGUGGGUGGACCGCUGACUUCAUGUUGCCUCAGAGUGUGACACCUCAAAGCAAUGCAAACUCCUGCUACCUCCCCUUUCUCUGCCCCUCCACCUCCCCUGCAGCUGACCUGUCCCACCGCCAGACUAAGGCAAGGGCAGACGAUAUGCAAAAGACUGCCAUGUCGACAAACGCACCCAACCAUAGGAUUAAAACCACAGCGAGAGAACGCAUCUGUCCUGCUUGUUCUGUUUCAGUAAGUGCGCAGGGCUUUCUGGGAACACCCUUACCUGUACAGAACUCUUGUCUUCUUGAAUGCUCAUCAUCAUCGUCACCACCUUAAACUGACCCGAGCUGGGUGGGGCAGGUGGUGACACUGUAUUGGUCUGUCUGUUUUGAAGCAUGCAUUUGGUAUCAUUAAUGUCAUUCUUUAUGUGUUGGUAAGUCAUUUAGGCUACUGAUCUCUCCACAUCUGCUCUCUUCCUCUCGCUCACUCUCUUUCUGUCUCUCACAGACACACACGCAUGCAUGCGCACAUCCUGCUCAAGUCUCCUCUAUUUCAGCACAGCUACAUCAGUGCUUUUUUCUAUAUGUAUGAAAACACGCACACACACACACACACCAGACUACAGGGCGAUAAUCUCAAGUGGUGUAAAUUUGAUUGUCCAGCCAUCUCUGUCCAUCUGUCCAGCCAUGUUACAUCAUGUUGUGAGCCAGAUUCACAAAAGACAAAACAAUGUGAAGAAGAAUAUAUUUAUCAGAAUUAUUUAUCAAAAUUCUAAAUUGUACAACUGCACCACUGUACAGAUCGCCCAAAUGUGCACAUGUGGAUCUUUGAUUUACAGGUACUAUGUUCCUGUUACACUUUUUUUUUUAAAAUGUUUCUUUCUUUUAUUUGAAUUGCUUUUUGUAAAGAGAGGAACAACAAAAUGGAAGCGCUUGUAUUAUAUUGUUAUUAUUAUGAUUAUUAUUCUUGAUUUUCUCCACCGGUGCUCCCACUGAUGGAAAGACAGUUGCACAUUCUCCUGAGCAUAUUCUGAGGGCUGUGUUUUCUGUCCAGUGAACAGCCCCUGAAGUGUGCAGAGGUGCAGAGAUGCUUACAGUCUCUUAAGACCAGAGACACCACUCUAUAAAUAGAGAACAGGAGAUACAAAUGUACCUCAUUAUAGUCUGAAAGACUGGACAAAGUGGGGACCCAGAAGAUGAAGAAUCAGAAGGCGAUGCAGAGCUAGAGACUGCAGAAGUGCAGUGCUUCCAUGUGCUGUUUAGGCUGCUCUUUUAGAUCUGCCACCAGUAUUUACUGCCAUGUUACCACAGGAACAAAUGAAGGCUUUUACAUUAUUCAUUAUACAUACUAUUGUAAAUAUUAUGUGUGGAAUGGUCCCCCUUCUUGCACAAAACAGUCCUGUUCUGCAGACAGAAAAUGCAGCCUUAACUGUGCUGAAAUAAAAAAAAAAAAGACCAAAAAAAAGAAAGAAAAAAAAACAAACCAUGAAGACUAUUGAAUAUAUUAAAGAGUUAUCUGCCUGUUAUUUAAGCGAAUAAAUAUCUAUAUAUGAGAAAGAACACACCUGUAUACUGUAGACCAAGUCUGUAUGGAAAUCUAAGAGAAUUUAAUGGGAAUUAAGUCCAACACCUUUUGUCUGUAUGAAAGAAAAAAAAUACAAAGUAUUCUACAAUAAUAACUUUGACAAAGUU